AUGUGUAUUAUGAGUCCCCAGACCCUCAUGUACGAUGGCGGCAAUUACGAACCCACCCCUGAUCCGGCUAAGAAGGACGCAGAAACCUCGAAUAAUUCACGUGCGUGCAAAGUGAAGCUCAUGUUCGAAGGCGAGACUUCCCUCAUUCGAGACUUCUCUUUCUGA